AUGCUGCCCCUCCGUCCCGCGCUGCUGCCCAAGCGCUACCGCGGCGGCUCGGCUCCGCGCUCGCGGCCGGGCCGCGCGGCCGCCCGAGCGACGGCGGCAGGAGGAGGAGAAGGGCGCGGCGGCGGCGGCAGCACCGGCGGCGACGGAUCCCCCGCGCCGGUCCCGCGGGGCGGCGCCGGGUCGGUGCGGGUGCCGGUCCGGCGGCGCGGGCCGGGGUCGCCGCGGGCUGCCCGGAGGGGGGCGGAGCAGGAGCCGCCGCGCCCGUGCGCGCGCUGGCCGGUAGGGGCCGCUGCCGCUCCCCGCAGGGCGCGGGGGGGCGGGGCCGGCGGGCGCGGCGCGAGGCCCGGUCGCGCGGCGGCGGCGGCGGCGUCGCUCCUGUUGGCCCAGCCGGCGGCGGCCAUGGCGGCCGUGCUGUCCCCGCGCCUCUGCGACAGCGACCCGGCCACGCCCGGCGCGCAGUCCCUCAAGGAUGACACAGAAGAGAAUUCCAAUGAUGGCAGCCAGCCAUCCAAAAGACGACGUAUGGGCUCAGGGGACAGUUCUCGAAGCUGUGAAACUUCCAGUCAAGACCUUGGGUAUAGUUAUUUUCCUGCUGAAAAUUUGAUAGAAUACAAAUGGCCACCUGAUGAAACAGGAGAAUACUAUAUGCUUCAGGAACAAGUCAGUGAAUAUUUGGGUGUGACUUCCUUUAAAAGAAAAUAUCCAGAUUUAGAAAGGCGAGAUUUAUCUCACAAGGAGAAACUCUACCUCAGAGAACUAAAUGUUAUCACAGAGACUCAAUGCACCCUAGGUCUAACAGCUUUGCGUAGUGAUGAAGUAAUUGAUCUUAUGAUUAAAGAAUACCCUGCCAAACAUGCGGAGUAUUCUGUUAUACUGCAAGAGAAAGAACGGCAGCGAAUAACAGAUCAUUACAAAGAGUAUUCUCAAAUGCAGCAGCAGAACACACAGAAAGUAGAAGCCAGUAAAGUUCCAGAAUAUAUUAAAAAAGCUGCCAAGAAAGCUGCAGAAUUCAACAGCAAUUUAAACCGAGAGCGGAUGGAGGAAAGAAGAGCCUAUUUUGAUUUACAGACACAUAUUAUCCAGGUGCCUCAAGGAAAAUACAAAGUCUUGCCUACAGAGAGAACAAAGGUUAGUCCUUAUCCAGUGGCUCUCAUACCCGGCCAGUUCCAGGAGUACUACAAAAGAUACUCUCCAGAUGAACUUCGUUACUUGCCGUUAAACACAGCCCUCUAUGAACCUCCUUUGGAUCCAGAGCUGCUUACACUGGACAGUGAUGGAGAUUCAGAUGAUGCAGAGGAAGGGCGAGGUGAUGAAAAAAGGAAAACCAAAGGCAAUUCGCCAAAGGUCAUUCCAAAUGCUAUAUGUGGAAUUUGUCUGAAGGGUAAGGAGUCCAACAAGAAAGGAAAACCUGAAGCUCUUAUACAUUGCUCCCAGUGUGACAACAGUGGCCACCCUUCUUGCCUUGAUAUGACCCCGGAGCUUGUUGCUAUGAUUAAGACUUAUCCUUGGCAAUGUAUGGAGUGUAAAACGUGCAUUAUAUGUGGGCAGCCUCACCAUGAAGAAGAAAUGAUGUUCUGUGAUGUAUGUGACCGUGGUUAUCACACUUUUUGUGUGGGGCUUGAUGCUAUCCCUUCAGGUCGCUGGAUUUGUGAUUGUUGUCAGAAAGACCCUCCUGUACCCAGAAGAGGAGGAAGAAGGGGGAAAAACAGCAAGGAGGGCUAAGAAAGCCCUAAAAACUUGCUAUCCAAAACUUAACUGCACAAAUUAAAGUGAUACUCUGGUGCUAUUUAAUCAACCACUCUAUAAGAGGAGCAAUACCACUUUUUUUUUUCUUUUUACUAAAUAAACUUUGUCUAUAUAGUGA